UAUGAAGGCUCUGAUAAUUUCCCUAUUAACGAGAUUCCUUGGUUUAGUUGGAUCCGACGUUAAGUCCUUGCUCUUGUCUCGUCCCCGAACGUCGGAGUUGUUACGGGUUAUAAUAAGUUUUGUCAUUUUAAAGAAUAACUUGUCGUCCAAAAAAUGGCUGAUUUUUUAGAUUCAGAAGCAGAAGAAAGUGAGGAGGAGGAAGAAUUAGACGAUAAUGAGAAAAAGAAAUUGAAAAAAAUAAAAGCUGUAGAAGAAAGUGAAGAAGAGGAGGAGGAAGAUGAUGAAGAUCGUUUACGCGAAGAACUUAAAGAUCUUAUAGAUGAUAACCCAAUAGAAGAAAGCGAAGGGGAAGACAGCGAUGCUUCUGGAGCAUCCAAAAAACGUAAAAAAAGUGACGAUGAAGAUUUUGAUGAUCGUUUAGAAGAUGAGGAUUAUGAUUUAAUAGAAGAAAAUUUAGGAGUCAAAGUUGAGCGAAAACGUUUCAAACGCCUCCGCAGGAUUCAAGAUGAGGAAUCAGAGGAAGAGCAGGAAAAAGAAGUGGAUGAUGAUAGAGAUGCUAUUGCAAAUGAACUUUUUGAAGGCUCUGGUGAUGAAAGGGAGAUUACCAUGGAAGAUGAAAGGAGAAGCGAACGUAGUCACAGACCUGAAGUGGACACAUUUGAUGAAGAAGGAAGUGAAGGAGAGUACACAGACGCUGACGAUUUUAUUGUUGAUGAUGAUGGUAGACCAAUUGCUGAAAAACGUAAAAAGAAGAAGCCAAUUUUUUCCGAUGCUGCUUUGCAAGAAGCACAAGAUAUUUUUGGUGUCGACUUUGAUUAUGAUGAAUUUGGAAAAUAUGGAGAGGAGGACUAUGAGGAAGAAGAAGAAGAGGAAGAAGAAGAAGAGGAUGAAUAUGUGGAUGAUGAAGAUACCGAAAGACCGCGCAGACCGAAAAAACAAUUGAAGAAGAAAACUACCAGGAAAAGUAUUUUUGAAAUUUACGAACCAAGUGAACUUAAACGCGGUCAUUUCACUGAUAUGGAUAAUGAAGUACGAAACACAGAUAUACCAGAAAGAAUGCAGCUACGUACUGUUCCUGUUACACCAGUUGCAGAGGGUUCUGAUGAGCUAGAUUUAGAAGCAGAAUGGAUUUACAAACAAGCUUUCUGUCGUCCAACUAUCUCGAUUCAAGACGCACAUUUAAAUGCUGAAGCUAAAGAAAGAGCUCGAAAGGGUCCACAGACGAUCGGUAAAAUUAAAAAGGCUUUAGAUUUCAUGCGAAAUCAGCAGUUCGAGGUACCUUUCAUAUCCUUUUACAGAAAGGAAUAUGUGCUUCCAGAACUCAAUAUUAAUGAUCUUUGGAAAGUGUACAAGUUUGAUGCAAAAUGGUGUCAACUUCGCCAGAGGAAAGAGAAUUUAUUAAAAUUAUUCGAUAAAAUGAGAAAUUAUCAAUUAGAUGAAAUUAUGAAAAAUGCUGAUGCCCCUUUAUCAGAUAACGUACGAUUGAUUAAAGAUGAUGACAUAGAACGGUUGAAAAAUGUGCAAACCAGCGAGGAAUUAAACGAUGUUUAUCAUCAUUUCAUGCUAUACUACAGUCAUGAGAUUCCAACGAUGCAAGAAGCUGCUCGUCAGAAGGAGAAAGAAGCGCGUAAAGAAGCAAAAAUUCAGAAAAGGAAACAACAAAUUGCAGAUGCCGAAGAAAACGGAGAAGAUCCUCCACCGGAAGAGGAAGUAGAUGCAGAGGAAGAAGAAGAAGCGGAUGAUACAUUGAAACAAGCGGUUCGAACUGGUCCAUAUUCUAUUUGCAGACGCGCUGGUCUUGAUAGCCUUGCAAAAAAAUUCGGUCUUACUCCAGAACACUUUGCCGAAAAUUUACGAGAUAAUUAUCAACGACACGAAGUAGAUCAAGAACCAACGGAACCUUUGACCAUUGCUAAUGACUAUUGCAGUCAAAUACUUAAUAGCCCAGAAGAGGUCCUAAAAGCUGCUCAGUUAAUGGUUGCUAUUCAACUAGCACGUGAACCUUUGGUAAAAAAGUGUGUUCGAGAAAUGUACAUGGAAAGAGCAAAAAUAUCCGUAAAACCUACUAAAAAAGGAAUCAAAGAAAUAGAUGAAAACCAUCCAAUUUAUGGAAUGAAGUAUCUGAAGAAUAAACCAGUACGUGAUCUCGUCGGAGACCAUUUUUUAAAUUUGAUCAUAGCGGAAGAAGAUAAAUUAAUCACGAUAACAUUAAGCGAUAGUAUCGAAGGAAAUACUAGUAACAACUACGUUGAUGAAAUGAAACAGCUUUACUACCGAGAUGAGUUCAGUAAAAAUGUUCAAGACUGGAAUACAUUGAGAGUUGGGAGUGUUGAAAUGGCGCUUACGCGUAUAGUUCUGCCAAGCCUGAAAAAAGAAUUAAGAGCGAAUCUUAUUGCGGAAGCUAAGGAAUGCGUAAUGAGAGCAUGUUGUCGUAAAAUGUACAAUUGGAUCAAAGUUGCUCCUUAUACUUGUGAAUUUCCGGAAGAAGAAGACGAAGAAUGGGACACUACCAAGGGACUUCGUGUUAUGGGUUUAGCUUAUGUUCCAGAUUACUCUCAAGCUGCAUUUACUUGUCUAAUCGCACCGGACGGAGAAUGUACAGAUUAUUUAAGAUUACCGCAUCUGAUGAAGCGAAAGAAUGGCUAUCGAGAAGAUGAGAAAGCCAUGAAAGAGGCCGAUUUGUUGGCUGUCCGAAAUUUUAUAGCAACGAAGAAACCGCAUGUUAUAGUAAUAGGCGGUGAAUCGAGAGAGGCAAUGAUGAUUGCGGUUGACAUUAAAGAAUGUAUCGCGAACUUGGUAGAGGAAGAACAAUUUCCUAGCAUUCAGAUAGAAAUUUGCGACAAUGAAUUAGCUAAAAUUUACUCGAACAGUAAUAAAGGUGUAUCCGAAUUUCGAGAUUACCCAGAGCUAUUGAGACAAGCAAUAUCACUGGGCCGAAGAAUUCAAGACCCUUUAGUGGAAUUUUCACAGUUAUGCACCGCCGACGAGGAAAUUUUAUGUUUAAAAUAUCACAGUUUGCAAGAUCAAUUACCAAAAGAUGAACUUUUGGAGAAUUUAUAUUUGGAGUUUGUAAAUCGUGUAAACGAAGUUGGCGUUGACGUAAACAAGGCAGUACAGCAAGCUUACUGCGGAAAUUUGGUUCAAUUCGUCUGCGGCUUGGGGCCUAGAAAAGGGCAAGCUUUAAUUAAAAUGUUGAAGCAAACCAAUCAAAGAUUGGAGAAUAGAACGCAAUUGGUAACUGCUUGCCACAUGGGACCUAAGGUCUUUAUUAACUGUGCGGGUUUUAUCAAGAUAGAUACGAAUAGUUUAGGAGACAGUACUGAAGCGUAUGUAGAAGUUCUCGAUGGCUCUCGAGUACAUCCAGAAACGUAUGAAUGGGCGAGAAAGAUGGCAGUUGAUGCUUUAGAAUACGAUGAUGAAGAUGCUAAUCCUGCUGGAGCUCUUGAAGAGAUUCUUGAAUCUCCUGAGAGAUUGAAAGACCUUGAUUUGGACGCGUUCGCAGAGGAGCUCGAAAGACAAGGUUUUGGCAAUAAAUGCGUCACAUUAUACGAUAUUAGAGCAGAAUUAAAUUGCAGAUAUAAAGAUUUACGUGUACCGUAUCAAUCGCCAAGUGCGGAAAGGUUGUUUGAUAUUCUAACGAAAGAAACUCCGGAAACAUUCUACGUAGGCAAAUUAGUCCUGGCUACGGUAAUAGGCAUAAGCCAUAGAAAACCACAAGGUGAUCAAUUGGAUCAAGCGAAUCCUGUAAGAAACGACGAAACUGGAUUGUGGCAAUGUCCAUUUUGUUUGAAAAACGACUUUCCGGAACUGUCUGAAGUAUGGAAUCAUUUUGACGCCGGAGCUUGCCCCGGCAAAGCUACUGGCGUGAGAUUGAGAUUAGAUAAUGGAAUAUCUGGUUAUAUUCAUAUAAAAAAUUUAUCCGACAGACACGUUGCGAAUCCUGAAGAAAGAGUGAGCAUAGGACAAAUAAUACAUUGUCGAGUAAUAAAGAUCGAAGUGGAGCGAUUCAGCGUCGAAUGUACAAGUAAAAGCAGUGACCUCGCGGAUAAAAAUCACGAAUGGAGACCACAAAGAGAUCCGUUUUAUGAUACAGAAGCAGAACAGAGAGAUGCAAAAAUCGAAGAAGAUGCUAAAAAAGCGAAGCAACGACAGACGUAUGUAAAACGAGUAAUCGUGCAUCCUUCUUUUCAUAACAUCAGUUUCGCAGAAGCUGAAAAAUUAAUGCAAACUAUGAAACAAGGCGAAGCAAUAGUUAGACCGAGUAGCAAAGGGGCUGAUCAUUUAACAGUCACGUGGAAAGUUACUGAUGAAGUUUAUCAACAUAUCGAUGUAAGAGAGGAAGGAAAAGAAAAUGCCUUUUCGCUUGGUCAAAGUCUAUGGAUCGGAAAUGAAGAAUUCGAAGAUUUAGAUGAAAUUAUUGCGAGACAUGUUAAUCCUAUGGCUGCGUAUGCGUCGGAGUUAUUGGAUUUUAAAUAUUAUAAACCAACCGUAGAAGGCAUUAAAGACAAGGCGGAAGACAUAUUAAAAGAACAAAAAAAAGAAAAUCCUGGUGGAAUUCCAUAUAUAAUAUCCGCUGCAAAGAAUUAUCCUGGAAAAUUUUUGUUAUCUUAUCUUCCGCGAACUCGAUGUCGUCACGAAUAUGUGACGGUAUCACCAGAUGGAUUUAGGUUUAGAGGACAAAUGUUUGGUAGAGUAAAUGACUUGUUUCGAUGGUUCAAAGAACACUUUCGAGAUCCAGUGCCUGGGCAAUCUACACCUAGUACUCCACGUGGUGCAAUGACAUCUAGAACACCUUAUCAUACAACGCCAGGAGCAGUUAGUGGCAUGAAUCAAGAAGCUAUACAAAGAGUGGCGCAAAAUCUUCCGCAUCAUAUGUUACAUUCUUUAUCGCAAGUGGCGAAUCAAACUCCGCAUCACUAUCCACCACAUACACCAGGAACUACGAGUGCCGCUGGUUAUGGUGGAGUUCACACUUAUCCUAACACACCUUAUACACCUUCUGGACAAACACCUUUCAUGACACCAUAUCAAACGCCACAUCAUACUCCACAUCAUCAUGGUCAACCGACUCCAAGAUGUGGGCAACAAACACCUAAUCAUCAACAAGGUCCUUUUAUUCAUCCACCUCCACCGUCGGGAAUAACUGCCCCAGGACAUCACAGAUCGACACCGUCGCAUAGACCUACCCCUCCUAUGUCGACACCUGGCGAUCCAAUGGACUGGAAAAAAGCGGCAGAGGCAUGGGCACGAUUAAAAAGCGGUCCGCGUGUGUCUGCUUCUACUCCGAGAUAUGAAGAAUCUAGGAAAACUCCAAGAAAUUAUGACGAAUCAGUUGGAAGAACAACCCCGCGAAAUAGAAUUUCGAAUCGGACACCUUCUUAUAAAUCUCCUCGUGGUACUCCACAUACCAAUUCUAGUCCUCGGAGUAUGUCUCUUAGUGGAGACGGUACUCCUUUAUAUGAUGAAAGUUAACGAGUUCACGUAUACGUAAUAAAUUAUUCUUUUCCAUUAUAUCGUGUUAUAUGAUAUAAAAGGAAUGAUAUCAACAGAACUUCAGAAUCAUAUUGCAUUGAAAAUGCUCUUAAACGACACUGUAUAAAACUGUUUGCCAA